CGAUUUGAGUCCAGAAGAGAACUUGCGGCUGUGCGAGCUGACCAACGAAGGUGAAAAUUUGAAAAUCCGCUAAAUUGGAGUUUGAGAUAAAAUGGAUCGAGUUUGGACACCCGACGCUUUGGAAACGUUUAACCGACAAAGAGAUGAAUAUCUUGCGGACGAAAAAGGGAAAGGCCCGUGGUCGUCUCUUUCGGCUGCUGAGCAGGAGGAGAUUAUAAAUGAGCUGAAAGGCACUCUCAAGGGCCCUGCAUUCGAGAAAUUAAAGGCUGAGGCCUGGGCACUCGAAAAGCCCCCGGUCAGAAAGUUCAUCGCUCCUGUUGCUGGGAAACUACUACUGCCCAGGAAUCUCAACUCAACGAGCGGACAUGACAUUGUCCGCUUCAACCGUGGCGAUGAUUUGAGCGCCAUUACCUACAGGCAUUACAACACUCCCAUCGAGAUCUCAGCCGUUAACUACGUCCAGCAGGUCGCAUCAGAUGGUUCUGGCGCUAUUCUUCCUAAGAGGCAUGAGUAUCUCGGUCCUAGCCCACACGUUGCCUCUUAUCGAAUAACGAAGAACGUAUGUGAGAUUGAAUUCUGGGAACCUUACCUUGAGCAAGCGUGGUUUGGUAGGACAUACUGGACUGUCGAGGAAGAGUAUGACGAGGAGGUCCGAUGGUGGUUCCCUGUCGAGCGGAGUCUAUGACAUGAGUACUUUGCUGCUGCGAACCUUACACUUGAAGGGAAUUCAAUUGACGAAAAGUCCACACAUCCAAAACCGAGCAUUGGCUAUACAAUCUAGAUCUCCGCACCCAUUUCCCUGCCGAUCUGCCGCAAACAAGCUUUCGCAAGGAUGCGAGU